CGACGCGGCGGCGCGGUCGAGCCCCAUGGCCACGGCGAGUCGCCGUCAAAUCUCCGGCGGCGAUAAUAUUAUUGGAGCGAAAGAAGGAAGCUGUGCUUCUCCAUAUGUUUUAAAAAUUAUUGAUUCCUUGAAGGACCAAGUCGUCGUUGAUCGUUGUUCCUAUGUUAAGAGAAAAGUGGAAGAGAACAAGCAGAAACUGAGUGCUAUCACAGAUCAUGCCCAUCAUUUGUCAACAAUUAGGAGGAAUGUUACAAUGGGUAGUACUGUAUCAGGUGCAGAUUUGUUGACUAGAAGGCAAGAGGAUGCACUAGGUAUGCUGACUGGUGUUGAUUUGUCUUGUGGAGAAAAGGAUGACAAUUCUUGCCAAGAAGAAAGUUCAAAUGCUUCAUCUCCUGUUUUGUUUGGGAACAAUAUUAUUGGAAAGAAUGCCACUCGUCCAAUCAAACUGUCUGAAGUUUCUAAACUACCUCCAUACACUACGUGGAUAUUUUUGGACAGAAAUCAAAGGAUGGCAGAAGAUCAGUCUGUUGUUGGUCGAAGAAGAAUCUAUUAUGACCAAAGUUGUGGCGAAGCUUUAAUUUGUAGUGAUAGUGAGGAAGAUAUAGUUGAUGAUGAAGAAGAAAAGAAAGAAUUUGGAAAAGUUGAAGAUUAUAUUCUUCGAAUGACUAUACAAGAGGCUGGUUUGUCUGAUGAUGUGUUGGAUACAUUGGCUCAGUGCCUUGGGAAGAGUCCUUGUGAAAUUAAGGCAAGAUAUGAACAUUUUCUUAUGAGGGAGAAACCUGAAAAUUGCAAAGAAAAGCAAGAAGGUGAAUUGGAUGUGAAAGUUUAUGAUGGAUUUCUGGAUAAAGAUCUGGACGCAUCAUUGGAUUCUUUUGACAACCUUUUUUGUCGACGAUGUCUGGUUUUCGAUUGCAGAUUACAUGGGUGUUCUCAGGAUUUAGUUUUCCCUGUGGAAAAACAACAUCCUUUGAGCAGCUCAGAUGAAGGGGCACCUUGUGGUAUUCAUUGCUACAGGCUGAUUGCUAAAUCAGAAAGCAUGGCUACAGUGAAUUCUCAGACAUCUCAUGUUUUUGAAGAACUAACUCCUUCCUCCAGUAGUGCUGGUGUCCGUCAUUCUCCCAGAAAGAAAUCCAAUGGCGGUUCUGUUGGCAGGAGGAGAUGUAAUCAAAGUGAAAGUGCAUCUUCCAAUGCUAGAGUUGUAUCAGAAAGCAGCGAGUCAGAAGUACAUCCAAACCAUGAUGGUGCUUCUGCUAAUAUUUCUUCAUCACCCUCAAAAAGUAAGCUUGGAGUGAAAAGUGGGAUUCGAAAGAAAAGCAACAAAAGAGUAGCUGAACGUGUUCUUAUUUGCAUGCGUAAAAGACAAAAGAAAACUGCACAGUCAGAGUCAGAUUCCAUUGCAAGUGGAUCCCUUGGGCCCAAAGAUUUGAAACUUAGAUCGAAUACACACAAUGAUAGCAAUGAUACUAGUUCAUCUUCGAGGAACAAAAUCCUUAAAAAAGCAACAUUUAGGAAGUCAGGAAGAAAGAGUCCUCUGCAGAAGAAUUUCAGUUCACCACCAGUUGAUGUUCAUAAUGGAUCUGAAGAUGAGAUGUCCAAGGAAACUUCAACUGCAGAUGACGAUGACUGUUCAAGGAAAGAGUUUGUUGAUGAGAACAUCUACAAACCUGAAAAUGGUUGUAAAUCCUGGAAAAUUAUCGAGAAGAGCCUGUUUGCAAAAGGUUUAGAGAUUUUUGGAAGGAAUAGCUGUUUGAUUGCAAGAAAUCUUUUGAGUGGGAUGAAAACAUGUGCAGAUGUAUUCCAAUACAUGAAUUUCAUUGAAAACAAAGGAUCAUGUAGAGCUGCCGACGGUUCAAAUUCUCUCUGUGAAGGUCAUACCAAGGGUAAGGAUAGAUCGAGGUCAAGGUUUAUGAGGAGGCGAGGUAGAGUUCGUCGUUUAAAGUACACAUGGAAGUCGGCUGGUUAUCAUUCCAUCAGAAAGAGGAUUACUGAUAGAAAGGAUCAACCCUGUAAGCAAUAUAAUCCUUGUGGUUGUCAGACUGCUUGUGGGAAACAAUGUCCUUGCCUUUUAAAUGGAACUUGCUGUGAGAAAUACUGCGGGUGUCCCAAGAUAUGCAAGAAUCGGUUUCGAGGGUGUCAUUGUGCAAAGAGCCAAUGUCGAAGUCGUCAAUGCCCAUGUUUUGCUGCUGAUAGAGAAUGUGAUCCUGAUAUUUGCAGAAAUUGCUGGAUUGGGUGUGGUGAUGGUAGUUUAGGUGUACCUAGUCAAAGAGGAGAUAAUUAUGAAUGCAGGAACAUGAAGCUUCUCCUGAAACAACAGCAAAGGGUUUUACUUGGGAGAUCUGAUGUUUCGGGUUGGGGUGCUUUCCUCAAGAAUAGCGUUGGAAAACACGAAUACCUUGGGGAGUACACCGGGGAGUUAAUCUCUCAUAGAGAAGCGGAUAAACGCGGGAAGAUAUAUGACCGUGAAAAUUCAUCUUUUCUUUUCAACCUCAAUGACCAGUUUGUUCUGGAUGCUUAUCGGAAAGGUGACAAGUUGAAGUUUGCCAACCAUUCCCCUGAUCCGAACUGCUAUGCAAAGGUUAUAAUGGUAGCAGGGGAUCAUAGAGUUGGUAUAUUUGCAAAAGAGCGAAUAAGUGCAGGAGAGGAGCUCUUCUAUGACUAUCGCUAUGAGCCAGAUCGAGCUCCUGCUUGGGCGAGAAAACCUGAAGCUCCUGGCUCCAAGAAGGAUGGCACAACUUUCCCUUCAGUUGGCCGAGCGAAAAAGAUUGCUUGAAUUGAAAUUUGGACUAUAGGGAUAGCUACCCAUUCGAUUAUUAUUCCUUACGCAUUUCAUUUAUUGCUAAAAUCGAUAUCAUUCCUCAAUUUAAAACCCUCAAUGACCAGACCAUUCACGUAUAUUACUACUACUCGUUGAGAAUUAUGCCCACUACUUCUUACUCUUUUCUCAAAACUCUGUGACAAGUUAUAUGCUGUUAACGAAACGUAUAAUUUAUUUUAAAUGGCGCAUUUUGUUA